CAACUUCAAACCUCCAACAAUGUCCAUUCCAAUUCCAUCAACUUCCAAUACCCAUGGCCAGGUUCCUUAUCUCCACCCGACCCUUCCCCUUUUCCUCUCUCCCCCUUGCUCCCCCACGGGCAUUCUUCAGACCCUUCACUUUUUCCCCGCCGGUCAGAUUCUCCGCCCACCCAUCGCCCUCCAGGACCUUACGAGUGGUGAAGACUCGUGCCGGCGCCAGCACCAGCAGUUACAUCUUCGCCUUCUCCAUCCCUUUAUCUCUUAUUCUCAUCACUGUCCUCACCGCCCUUAAAAUCGGCGAUAACCUUGACAAGAAGUUUCUUGAGGAGCUUGCUCUUAAUCAAGCCAUCAUGGAGGAAGAUGAGGAUUACGAAAAAGAUGGUACAGAAAUAUCUUUUGAAGAAAAACCAACUCUUCCACGAACUCGAAAUCGACCUAAAAGAGAAGCUGAGGUAUAAAUAAACUGCUUGCUUCUAUUUUGGAGGUGUUCAUAUGAUCGGAUCAGGUGGCUGAGAAAUGGUUCAAGGAACUAAGAAACUUCCAUGUAUAUUGUAUGUAAUUUUUUUCCCCUUAAUAAGGAUUAGUUAAAAGUUAGUUGGAAUGUUGAGUAACUUAGAUAUGUAAUUAUGUUAUUGCAUAUUCUUCAAAUUGAAAUAUCUUUCUAAUGGCCUUGAUUAUGUUCA